GAACAUUUAUUGUCGUCGAUCACCUUAUGCAUUUCCGCCAACAUCGGGUUCACCAGGCGACCCACAGGCGAAAUCAAGCCACAUCACUUCUGCUGACCUUCGGCCAACUUUACCUGGUUGCCAGCUCCAGCCAGGAUGACACAGGUAUCUACUAAUUCUCGAUCCGAUUCGAUGUGUAUUAUCGGCACAUCAUCCCUGGAACACCGGUUAGGCGUCCAACUCAGGGUUCCCACACAGUCGCGGCGCCUGUCUGCCCGCUAUCUUGGAUGGUUGCUCGCGAGCACACAUCAGGAAGACCCGAAGUUGUCGCAGAAUUUGCGCUAGUAUAAAGACUGUCUUUUGCUGGAAUGGAGUCUACACCGCGCCCCUCUCGAAGCUCACAACCGCCAUGCAGCUUAACACCCGCCUCUCUUACUGGGACGAGCUCCCUGCAGAGAUGAAGUACACUAUCGCUGAACACCUCGAUUCUUAUGAUAUCCGCAAGUUCUCAAGGCUGAGCCAUGAGACAUACGCGUUGGCCAUCCCCUCGCUAUACAAAGAUGUGAACCUUCGCGGAUCCAGGUCUAUGCGGUCGUUCUUGGACUCAGUGCCAGACGAGUACUGUCGCCAUGUCCGAACGCUGAGCGUGGAUCUCUCCAUGGACAGCCUGUUCUCCCCGCUCCGUGCGACGACAGCUCUGGCCGACCUGCUCACCCGGUGUCCACGGUUGGAGGAGCUGGCCCUCAGCAUCCCGGGAUCGCUGCAACCCAGAAUCAUCCCAUGUUUCACACACCUACACGCCCUCCGAAAGCUGUGUAUCACUAAUUGUGGGCGGGACGAGAACACGCCUCUAGGGGAGCGCCUGGUUGUCUCAAUUGCAGCAACUAUCCCACGUCUCAUCCAUCUCGAGCUUGACCGCAUCUGCCGCUCAGCUAUCCAUGCACCCGAGCUCGUCGGGGCUUAUCCGUUUAUUCCAGUGCUCAUGGGUGAUGAAAGCAUCCCUGCACACCCCCUAUUGGGGAAUAGCCUCUCCCUGCCCUCGCUACUGCGCAUCCCAACAUUGCGUGUGAUGCGAAUUCGGGGCACACACCUCGGCGACGAGCGAUGGGCCACCACCCCCGUGCAGUGCCAGCUUGAUAUACUCGAGAUCGGCAGCUGCUGCUACGAGUCUCCCGACUUCAAUCGCACAUGCGCCGAACGCAUCAUGGACGCUACCGCACACUCGGUAACAGAGCUCCAUCUCAGCUCUCCGCUUUCGUACGAUCCGAUACACAUGCGACACCUCAAACACCUGCGGAGCCUCCACAUCUCGCCGCUGCUACCUGUCGAACACCUCGCCGAGUCGCUGGCGUCGCUCUCCCGGUGUCCCAUCACCGCACUGUCCCUGACCUGCCACGAAGACGACCUCGCCGAGGAGUACGUCGCGCUCGACGAGUUCGUGAACCUCUGCGCGGACCGCCCGAGCGAGCAGUUCUACUCGGAGCUUAGGAGUGUCUCCCUUCGCACCGUCGCGGACCUCUUCGAGUCGUCCCCCCCUCUGUCGCCAAAAUUCGACUUCGAGGUCAAACAGUUGUCUGCGGGCGCUACCAGCGCCCUGCAGCGUCUGCAGCGGUGUCUCGAGCAGGCACCGGAUGCCGGCAUUGAGGAGGAGCUCUGUAACGUGCCACCGUGCGCCUUUACGCUGCCGCGCGCUACAGGUAGGCCAAUAGGUGACUUGGUGAUGUCCGAGGGAAAGCAGUGGAUAGACUCUCGAUGGUGUGAGGUUACAGUAAUUUGAAUCACAAUAUUACCCAGCGCAGAUAGGGCGGCGAAGAUUACAUCGAGCGACGAUAUAUCAAAAUGGUAAGGGCAAUGCCAGAUGGGCUACACCAAUAAAUCACAGCUAGACAAAAGCACAGAACUGGUACGAUGCAGGAUGCAGCAAAUACAUUAUCCAAGCAGUAGACACCCCGGUUCUUGAUGGUGAGAGCAGAUGGAUGAGAUAUUGUAGUAGCUAAGCGAGGCUGGCAGUGGUGUUUAAGGCGACCAGUGGCUUUGGGUCGGCAUAGGCAAGUAAGGUGCAGUGGGCGAGAUCGGCGUCAUGGGCGUGAAUGGAAACAUCGGUGAGAGCGGGGAAGUCGGCGUCGAAGGGUUCAUGACGAAUGCUUGCUGCUUCCUAACCGCGACGACAGGAUAGUUCCUCCCGUUCCGAACUCGUCCAGCGACCCAGCGCUUGAAAGCCUCCUCCGAUACGAUCCGCCUCCCUGCGUGCUCCUGGUCCAUAAGUACAACAGCAAAGCCAACCUUAAGUUCGACCUUUGCACGGAAAGCGCGGAGCGAGAUUGUCUCCGAGACUUUAAGGCGCCAGAUGUCGUCCGUAGAGGGCACAGAGACCUUGAUGAUUAUCAUACCGUCUACUGGGUCCCAGCGAUGUAAGUUGACCGCAUGCUGAGACGGUAAAGCAGGAGCGGAUUCAGGUGUCGGUAUCUGAGCCGGCCUAAGGUAGUUCUCUUUUCCUUUGGCGAGGGGUCGAUCGAAUUGUGUGCUCCUCAUGCGACGAAUGCCGUUCUUGAACUGAUUUGUAGCGUCUGAGAGGAUGGUGCGGGAUUUAGACGACAUUUCGGCGGGAUCGAAGUAGAUGAAUAGCGAAAGAUGACAGCGCGAGAGCGAGUAGUGACCGUGAUAACGAAGGACCAAGGUCAAGAGAAAGCCAGCGGCAUUCGAGGGAGACAUAGCCCGCGCCGGAGGCUGACGACAAGCGUACACGACGCUGGUACAAGACAGAAAUGGAAACGUUCGUAUGUCAACCGCCACGCACGUGCGAUCUCCUAUCUUACGGCCAGACCUUCUGCAGCACUCCAAGGUUUCACAAACAGAAGAAACGUCGCGCCUUUGAUGUCAAUGCCACCAGUUUACAAGACGUUCACCAUCGCGAGAGCGCAGUGGCCGCUAAUAAAAAUGAUGAAGUCAG